UUAAUCUUUGCAGUAACUCUGGCAAAUCCUUGGUGGACAGGUCAGGGAGGGUUAUCUGGGGUUGACCCAGGAACCCAUUCGCCUGGCCUAAGCAAACGCCACACAGACCUUGCAAUCAAUGAAACCAGUGGUGGCCAUAAUAUAGAAGAAGAUGAAGACAAUAGAGAUGAACCGAGAGAAGGUGCAGUUGAGGUUGGAACUCGCAGACCGAGAGGAAGACCUCCCGGAUCCAAAAACAAGCCAAAACCGCCAAUUUUCGUAACAAGGGACAGCCCAAACGCCCUGAGGAGUCAUGUGAUGGAGAUAACUGGAGGAGCUGAUGUUGCCGAAAGUGUGGCCCAAUUCGCAAGAAGGCGUCAGCGUGGGGUUUGUGUGCUCAGUGGGAGUGGCUCCGUGGCCAAUGUCACUCUUAGACAACCUGCUGCUCCUGGAGCUGUGGUGGCACUUCAUGGGAGGUUUGAGAUUUUGUCCCUCACUGGGACUUUUUUACCUGGUCCUGCUCCUCCAGGAUCCACAGGACUCACAGUGUAUCUUGCUGGAGGCCAGGGCCAAGUACUAGGAGGGAGUGUUGUUGGGCCUCUAGUUGCCACAGGACCAGUGAUGGUGAUUGCUGCAACUUUUUCUAAUGCAACAUAUGAGAGACUUCCACUUGAUGAAGAUGAAGAAGGGCCUAGUUCCGCCGCCGCGGUACAAGGAGGAGGAUCGCCACCGCCACUUGGAAUUGGAAGCGGUGGGGGUGGGCAAUUGCAGGGUGGGAUUCCAGAUCCAUCAUCUUUGCCUUUGUAUAAUCUUCCACCGAAUGGAGGAGGGGGGCAAGUGGGGCAUGAAGCCCUUGCUUGGGCUCAUGGACGGACACCUUUCUGAAUUGCAAAACGCGGUAGAAGAAGGCAUGGAUGGAGUCAUCUAAUAAUCAAAUUUAACCUGCUUAUUGUAUUCAUCUUGUGCUGUAUUUUGAAGGCUAGGAAUCGGAAGAGUUUGCAAGGUUAGACUACUAAUUAUAUAUAUAUAUAUAUAGUUGUGAAGAACAGUGAGAGAAGAAGCUAGCCAGCUACCAAGCAAGCAUGCUUAUUUUAUGAUGUACAUGGAUUAUGAACCAUCUUUUUUCUCUUUUGCUUCUGUGUUUUGAAUAAAAAAGAUGAUCAUGGGCGUCUUUUAAAAUAUUUAUGAAUAA